AUGAGUGCGCCGGGGAAGCAGGCGUCGCGAUGGGGCUCGUUUCUACAGCAGGCCGUGGCGGGCGUCGAGUCCCGCUUGGACAACAUCCUGGCCGAGUCGGACGAUGAUCGCAGUGCGACGCCACCGGCUGCGGCUGCGGCGGCUGCUGCUGCUGCGGCGACGACGACACCUACAACUGCCAGUCCAAAAGUGACGAGCUCUGACUCUCGAGCAUCGUCGACCAGCCGCGCAAAUGAUCGACUACAAGCAAGGCUGGCCAAGGCCUUGGCUAACAAGAAUGCGCUUUCGCCGGCGAAUGCGUCACCACGCAGCUCCUUCGAUGCGGCGAGCCGAAGCUCCAUGGAGAGGCCCUCGAUGGAUCAAGACAAGUCUGAGAAUCUGCCGGAACAGAAGCCCGCAUCCGAGACGGAGUCGCCUCAAAUUGACCCUGAUCCCACAACCACCUCUACAGAGACGACGACUACGGAGACGACGACAAUACCGAUUACAAUAACAGACGAUGAUGCGGCUACAGAGUCUACUUCGGAGCCAGUUGCUGAAAAAGCAGAGGAUACCCUUUUAGGAACAGAAGGGCAACAGGGGCUCAAUGAGGCACCUUCAACAGAGGAGGAGGAAACCUCGACAAAAGUGGUGAAAGACGAAACUCUGACGGAUACUGAUGCGGCAGCAACGGUUGUAGAAAAUGGACCUGAUGCUGCCGAGUUGGCUCGCGAGCUUGAGGAAGCAAAGUUGCGACAUCGAGAGGAGAUUCAAGAGUACGUUGAACGCAUAGACUCUAUACAGUCCAAACUCCAGUAUCUCUCUAAAAAUGCCGCCGACUCUGCAAAGCAGGCUGCGUCAGCUGCACCAUCUGGUAGCCAGGAGAAGAAGCUCGCAGAGAAGGACGAGCGGAUCGCGCUGCUGAUGGAGGAAGGCCAGAAAUUGGCUGGAGCAGAGCAAAAGUAUCGAGCAGCGAUCAAGUCUUUGCGGCUUCAAGUGGGCGAGCGCGAUAAGCAGUUGGACGAAGCACGGAAAGCAAAGGACAGAAUGUCAUUGGAUAUUCAAGCGCUGCGCGACCGCUUAGACGGAGAUGAAGAGAAGGAAAAGCGCCGGCAGGAGGCCACCAAAGCUACUGCAGCUCUGCGGAAGGAAAUUGACGCCUUGAAGAAGGACAAUGCCAACAAAGACGCUACGAUUCGUCGGCUUGAACAGGAAGUAAAGUCGAAGGAGGAGCAAGGGCAGGUUGCCAAGGCGGAUGCUGUCAGCAAGGCCGUGGCCGCAGAGCGAGUGAAACAAAAGGAACUCGAAGAGGCAAAUGACGCCGUUCGAGCGGAAUUGGAAGCUCUGGGUGAAAAGGCCCGACUAGAUGCCAUAGAAGCGAGCGAAAAGCUCGAGCGUGCCAUCCAGCGCGGUAACACCGUCGAAGCUGAGCUACGUCUUGAGCUUCGGAGCAUGGAGGGCAAGCUGGAAGGUGUACGAGUAACCGCGGAAGAAGCUGCCUCUAGCACAGGAGGCGAGGCUCAGGCCAAGUUGUUCCGGCAGAUAGAGACGUUGCAGUCACAGUAUGCGUCGGCCAGGCAAAACUGGCAGGGCAUUGAAGCGUCGUUGAUGUCGAAAACGACCAGCCUGGAGAGUGAGAGAGAUGAGGCACAGCGCCGAGAGUCUGAAAUGCGCAAGAAGGCACGGGAUGCGGCCAAGCGUAGCAGAACUCUCGAAGAUGAGCUACAAGAUGUUCAGAUGCAGCUAGAAUCCUGCCGCGAAGAGAUGGCUGCUCUCCAAAAGUCUUCAAAAGCUACCGAGACGGCUCUCGAACUAACCCGCACGGACCUAGACAAGGAGAAGCAGGCCUCAAGCAGAGCCUUUACGGCUGAAUCAGGGCGACAAUGGAUCGAUGAAGUUGCGGGUGCAGCAUCAUCACGAACCCAAAGCCGCCCAGAGUCACCGUUGCUCUCCGUCCCACGGACUUUCAGCUCCGAAGCUGUCUCAUUAUCUGUUCCCAACCGCAUUCGACGAUCUCCCACUCCUGUAAAUAUACUAGAUACCGCAGCAGAAGGAUUCAGUCCUCUUCGCCGGUCUUCUGCAUACCUACCGCCUCGUAUAGGGACAGGACCACUUUCACUUUCCGGAUCCGUUCCUCCAUCUCCCUUCUCUCCUCUGGAUCAGCCGUUGGAAUCACCACCUACGAUACCUCCGUCUGUAACAGAGAGAGAAAAUGGGAUCAGCGAUACGGCCCCUUCGUCGCCUCGCAAUUUAGCACAAGAUAUGAUUUCAGUGUCGACGGUGGCGGCAGGUCCGUCUGUUCAAUUAGUAGAACGGAUGAGCGCCGCAAUACGUCGUCUAGAAGCUGAAAGAGUUGCUGCUAAGGAAGAGAUGGCGAGGGUGUGUAGUCAGAGGGAUGAGGCGAGAUCAGAUAUGGUAAGCCUGAUGAAGGAUUUGGAGGACGCAAAGGCAGCGUCUGCAAGGGUGCCGGAUCUGGAAAGGGAAGUUGCCGAACUGGAUACGAGAUACCAAACUACCUUGGAGUUAUUAGGAGAGAAGAGUGAGCUGGUUGAGGAGCUGAGAGCGGAUGUAGAUGACGUGAAGACGAUGUAUCGGGAAUUGGUAGAGCGAACUGUAAAAUAA